UGGUGUUUGUGACGGUCCAGAGGCCACGGGUCUGGGCCGAGGGAGCUGAUGAGGACACACACGUUAUCAGGACAGGCGGACGCGAGGAUGGGGCCAGCGUGGUUGUGGCUGCUGGGAGCAGGGGUCCUGGCCUCUGCCCAGGGAGACACGAGUCCGGGGCCGCCCCGAGCCCCCAGCGGCCCGCUCUCAGAGCCAGCGCCCGCCUACCACCGCGUCACACCCACCAUCACCAGCUUCGCUUUGCGCUUGUACAGGCAGCUGGCGACAGCGGCCCCGGGAAACGUCGUCUUCUCCCCAGUGAGCGUCUCCACCGCCCUGGCCCUGCUCUCCCUUGGGGUCCCAGAUGACGCUUCGGCUCAGAUCCUGGAGGGCCUGGGCUUCAACCUCACAGAGACCCCGCAGGCCAGCGUCCACCAGGGCUUCCAGAGCCUCCUCCGCACCCUCGACCUGCCCAGCCCCAAGCUGGAGCUGAAAGUGGGCAGCUCCCUGUUCCUGGACAAGCGGCUGGAGCCUCGGCAGCACUUUUUGGACGACGUCCGGGAGCUGUAUGGCGCCCUGGCCUUUUCCGCCAACUUCACCGACUCUGCCGCCACCGGGAGGCACGUCAGUGAGUACUUGAGGAAGCAAACCUACGGCCAGGUGGCGGGCGGCCUCCCGGAGCUCAACGAAGACACGCUCGUGGUCCUCCUGAACUACGUCUUCUUCAAAGCCAAGUGGAAGCAUCCUUUCCAUCGCUACCAGAAGCAAGACAGCUUCUUCAUGAAUGAGAGGACCCCUCUCCGCACCCCAAUGAUGCACCAGAAGGAGAUGCACAGGUUCCUGUACGACCCGGAGAUGGCCUGCACCGUCCUCCAGAUAGAGUACAGCGGGAACGCGCUGGCCCUGCUGGUCCUCCCUGACCCGGGGAAGAUGGAGCAGGUGGAGGCCGCGCUGCAGCCCAAGACCCUGAGAAAAUGGGGCCAGCUGCUCCAGCCCAGCCUGCUGGACUUGCACCUGCCAAGGUUCUCCAUCUCCGGAACGUAUAACCUGGAAGAAAUCCUCUCCCACAUUGGUCUCGCCGACAUAUUCAAGCUAGAAGCCGACUUAUCGGGAGUCGCUGGCCGGCCCAACGUAACCAUCUCCAGGGUGUCACACAAAGCCACCAUGGGCAUGAGUGAGCGGGGAACCAAGGCAGGGGCUGCCUCAGGCCUCCUGUCCCAGCCGCAGGCCCUGAACUCGACGGCCGCCCCACAGGUGCAUUUCAACCGGCCGUUCCUGGUGCUGCUGUGGGAGGCGGCCACCCACAGCCUGCUCUUCCUGGGGAAAGUCGCCAACCCGGCUGCAGGGUGACACGUGGGAGGCCCGGGGCUGUCUUUCCCUCCCCUGCCAAACAAACAGGAAGGCCAGCACCAGCCCGCACUGCGGGCUGAUGUGAGGACCAGCUCACCGGGGCCACGAUCCUAAUAAAGGUGACCCUGUGUUCUGUGAA